CUCAACAUUCAGCAGGAGGUUCCAACAUGGACGCACUGAUCCUGAUCGCUCUCUGCCUCACACUCAGAUCCACAGACUCGUCUGAUCCCUCCAUUGGUCCUCCACCCUUCACUGAAGACUCAGAUCUCACAGAGACCAUACACACAGGAGAUGGGCCCAGGUCCACAACCAGAGUCCAUCCAUCACCAAGAACCUCCACCUUGGGACUUCAACCCUCGAUACCCAACUCCACCUCAGAACUACAACCACUGAUACCCACUUCAGCCACCGAAGUACAUCUGCCCAUACCGAACUCCACCUCCAGACUCCAUCCAUCGCCAAAAGCCUCCACCUUGGGACUUCAACCAUCAACACAGGAAUCCACCUCCAGACUCCACCCAUCAAUACCUGACUCAACCUCUGCACUGCACCUGUCAACAAGAGCCUCCACCUCAAGACCCCACCAAUCAAUACCCAGCUCUACCUCGGAAUUCCACCAAUCAGCAUCAGAAUCUACCUUAGGGCUCCACCCAUCAACACCUGACGUAGUAUCACCAAACCUGAACGGCGUCAGCAGAGCUCCACCCUCCUUACUCUCUGAGGCGCCAUCAGAGAGCAGCCAUGUUGUCUCCUCCACCCAGACCUCCACCAUAGUUGACCAAUCAGAGAGGACAACCAGGACUGAGGAAGCAUCAAGCUCCUCCUCCACAUCCUCAAACACAGGUGGAGUUUACAGGACACCGUUAACACCUACUGCUGAGCCCACCUCCAUCCCAGUGACACCCACAGAUCCUCCAUCCACGCCUCAGACUCCACCUCUGACUGCAGAAACAUCCCAGUACGCCUCCUCCACCCAGGCUACAGAACACUCCUCCUACACCGCCGUCAGUGAGGCGGCAUCUACUUCUCCGUCAGCCGAGGAGACUUUUACAGGAGGAGUCAACACCUCCUCCUCCACAGCCCUAACCACUGCUCAGAUAAACAAAAUCACACCCUCUACACCUGUGAAAAACACAACCACACCUUCUACACCUGUGAAAAACACAACCACACCUUCUACACCUGUGAAAAACACAACCACACCCUCUACACCUGUGAAAAACACAACCACACCUUCUACACCUGUGAAAAACACAACCACACCUUCUACACCUGUGAAAAACACAACUACACCUUCUACACCUGUGAAAAACACAACUACACCUUCUACACCUGUGAAAAACACAACUACGCCUUCUACACCUGUGAAAAACACAACCACACCUUCUACACCAGCUUCACCCACUGAGAUAAGAACCAAAACAACCACAGCUGUAGGGACCAACCCUGCUCCAAUGACAGUCAUGGUGGCUGUCCCCACCUCUACAGCUCCAACUACUGGUCGGAUAAACUCAACCACUCCAACAUCAUCCAUCAAUCCUACAACUACUCCUACUAAAGUACAUCCACCCACUGAACCUAGAACCAAAACAACCACAGACCUGGAGACCAAACCUGCUCCGACAGCCCCACCAGGAAUUCAGACAAACACAACUACACCUGCACCAUCUAUCACACCAACAACCAGACCGACUGCUUUACCAUCAGCCUCUGAUACAGAAGCCAAAACAACCUCAGUAUUUGCCUCCGCCCCCGCUCCAACCACAACUAACCGUGCUCCAACCACAACUAACCGUGCUCCAACCACGACCAACCCCACUCAAACCACAACUAACCGUGCUCCAACCACAACUAACCGUGCUCCAACCACGACCAACCCCACUCCAACCACAACUAACCGUGCUCCAACCACAACUAACCGUGCUCCAACCACGACCAACCCCACUCCAACCACAACUAACCGUGCUCCAACCACGACCAACCCCACUCCAACCACAACUAACCGUGCUCCAACCACAACUAACCGUGCUCCAACCACGACCAACCCCGCUCCAACCACAACUAACCGUGCUCCAACCACAACUAACCGUGCUCCAACCACGACCAACCCCGCUCCAACCACAACUAACCCGGCUCCAACCACAACUAACCCCGCUCCAACCACAACUAACCCCGCUCCAACCACAACUAACCGUGCUCCAACCACAACUAACCCCGCUCCAACCACAACUAACCCCGCUCCAACCACAACUAACCCCUCUCCAAUCACAACUAACCGUGCUCCAACCACGACUAACCCCACUCCAACCACGACUAACCAUGCUCCAACCACAACUAACCCGGCUCCAACCACAACUAACCGUGCUCCAACCACGACUAACCCCACUCCAACCACGACUAACCAUGCUCCAACCACGACUAACCCCACUCCAACCACGACUAACCAUGCUCCAACCACGACCAACCCCGCUCCGACCAUGAAAAACCCCGCUCCAACCACAACAAUCCCCACUCCAACCACGACCAUCCCCGCUCUAACCACGACCAACCCCAUUCCAACCACGACCAUCCCCGUUCCAACCACGACCAUCCCCGCUCUAACCAUGACCAACCCCGUUCCAACCACGACCAUCCCCGCUCUAACCACGACCAACCCCAUUCCAACCACGACCAUCCCUGUUCCAACCACGACCAUCCCCGCUCUAACCAUGACCAACCCCGUUCCAACCACGACCAUCCCCGCUCUAACCACGACCAACCCCAUUCCAACCACGACCAUCCCUGUUCCAACCACGACCAUCCCUGCUCCAACCACAAUGGUUCCUGCUCUAAACACCACUGUAACAACAACCAUCCAAGCCUCCAUCAGUACAUCACCACCUGCAGCUACUACCACCAGAACAACCUCAACUGCUCCCCCAGAUACCACCUCACCUGAAGCCUCCACCACAGCUGUGCGAUCCACUGCAUCUCCUCGCUGCUCCAUGAACAUCACAGAGACCAGCUCGAGCUCAGAGUCAGCCGUGGUCAGGUUCAGUACCGCCGCGCUCUCCUGUAACUUCACCAUGCUCACUGAUGACCCCAAUACUGGCCCCGCCCACUGUGACCACACCCAACAUGAACCCGAUGUAGAGUCCAAGACAGAGUUCAGGUGUCUGAUCUCUGGUCUGAUACCUGGGAGGAUCCACAGAAUCACAGUGAUGGCGAGGAAGGACGGAGAGAUGAGCAGCGUGACCAUACGAACAGCUCCAUCAUCCGUCCUUGGCCUGCAGGUGGCGUCCUCCUCUCACAGUCUGGGCGUGUCCUGGCGAGACGGUCCUGGCAGAGUGGAGCGGUUCAGGAUUCUGCUGAUGGAUCAGGGCGGCGUUCUGCUGAAGAACAUCACCGUCCCAAAGACAAAGAGGUGGGCUCAGCUGGACCAUCUGCUGCCUGGGACCUCGUACAACGUCACCGUGGUUACGGAGGCGGUGGGCCUGCAGAGCUCCACCUCCACACAGGCUGUCACAGUCCCUAUGGCUGUCACUCAGCUGACCCUCGACCACGGUGACAGCUCACACAGUCUGCAGGCUUCCUGGGUGUCACCUGAGGGGGGGGUGGAGCUCUACCUGCUGACCCUGUCGGCCCAGGGAUCACGCCCUCGGGAGCGCCACCUCCCUCCAAACAUCACCGAGCACCUGUUUGGUGGUCUGGUACCUGGACGCAAGUACCAGCUCAGGGUGAUGACAUCAUCAGGAGGGCAGAGCACAGAGACCAUGACCAGCAGCAGAACAGUACCUGAGCAGGUGUCUGCUCUCUCUGUGUUUUCAUCUGGUGUGGGCGGGGCUCUGAUGGUCAGCUGGUCGCCCCCCAGAGGAGACUGGGAGAACUACAGUGUACUGCUGAAGAACGGCUCAGAGGUCCUGAUGAACCGGACCGUCGGUAAAUUCAGUACUGGGACAAUAUUCUCUGGCCUCGCUCUGCUGCCAGGUCGACUUUACCAGGCUGAGGUCACCACGCACAGCGGCAUUCUGGGUAACACGGCGUCCUGUGAGGGACGACUGGCACCCAGCACCGUCCAGCAGCUGAAGGUCCGCCGUGCUGAAGAGACCGCUCUGAGCGUGCUCUGGAAUCGACCCCGUGGGGAGUGGGACAGUUUCACUGUGGCCCUCAGACAGGCCAACCCCCCUGCCCUGCUGACUCAGCGGGUCUUAACCUGGGAGGCCACGGACUGCACCUUCAACCUCCUCACACCAGGACGCCUGUACACCAUCACAGUGACAACCAUCAGUGGCAACAUGAGCAGCUCCGCCUCCGUGACAGCACGCACAGCUCCGGCUCAGGUGGGCGGGCUCCAGGUGUCUAAUGGCGGCAGCACUGACAGUCUGACGGUGGUUUGGGAUCGAGUAUCUGGAGAGGUGGACUCGUACAGCGUCCAACUGGUCCAUGACAGCAGCGUCAUCAAGAACCAGAGUCUGACACCAGACACCACCAGCAUCCGAUUCACAGGCCUACGACCCGGGGCCCUGUACGGGGUGGUAGUGACUACGAUCAGAGGAGGCCACGCCUCCACACAGAGCAUCACCAAGGGACGGACAGUUCCCGCUGCGGUUGGCGAGGUGACGGUCAGUAAUAAUGGGCGGUCAGACUUCCUGAGCGUGUCGUGGCGACCGUCUGAAGGUGAGGUGGAAACUUACCAGGUAACCCUGAGCGACAGUGAGAAGACGCUGCACACCGUGUCCGUCUCUAAAUCCAGUCCUGAGUGCGUGUUCAAGUCUCUGACACCAGGACGCCUCUACAACAUCUCUAUCAGCGCCCGCAGUGGCUCCGCCCACAACUACACCUACGUCCAGGAGAGAACACAGCCCGCCCAGGUCCAGAGCCCCACAGCGACCCACUCGGCGAGGGAUGACUACCUGAAGGUGUACUGGCGUGCGGCUGCAGGUGACGUGGACUCGUACCAGGUGUUCAUCAAACACAACAAUGUGUUCCUGCAGAACCAGACCCUGCUGAAGACCCAGAACGAGUGCGUGUUCCACGGCCUGGUCCCCGGUAGACUCUACACCGUCCAGGUCACCACGCACAGCGGGACGUACCAGAGCAGCGUCUCCACGCAUGGACGGACCCUCCCAGCGGCGGUCCGGUCCCUGGUUCUGGCCGGACAGGGGACGGAGGAGCUUCAGGUGAGGUGGGAGGCGGCUCCAGGUGACGUGGAUCACUAUGAGGUUCAGCUCCUGUUCAACGACAUGAAGGUGUUUCCUCCCAUCACGCUGGGAAGCGGCGUGGACCGGUGUGUCCUGUCCUCUCUAACGCCGGGACGCCUCUACAAGAUCCUGGUGUCCACGUUCAGCGGUCCCAACCAGAAGGCCCGCUUCAUUGAGGGACGCACAGUUCCCAGCAGAGUGAGGAACAUCCAGGUGAGUAACGGCGGCGACAGCAGCAGCCUACAGGUGAGCUGGACACCUGGCCAUGGCGACGUGGACGGCUACUCCGUCUUCCUGUUCAGACAGAGCCGACGCCUGGACGUCCGCCUCGUCCUCAAACAGCAGAACGAGGUGACGUUUGGAUCUCUGCAGCCCGGACAGACGUACGACGUGAUGGUGCAGACGAUGAGCGGCGAGCUGCAGAACAACAGUACCGCCUCUGGACGCACAGUUCCCUCCGCAGUGACCGGGCUGCAGGUCGACGACCUCGUCUCCACCUGUAGUUUCCAGGUGAGCUGGCAGGCGGCGCUGGGAGUGGCGGACGGUUACGCCGUGCAGCUCCAGGAUGACAGAGGAAGUCUCGUCCAGAACACCUCUCAGCUGUACGGACUCAACAGCUUCAGGUUUGACCGCCUCACUCCAGGGAAGAAGUACAGAGUCCUGGUCCAAACCCUUAGCGGAGUGGUCCAGAGCCAGGGGGUCAGCGCCGAGGCUCGCACACGUCCCGCCGCCGUCUCUGACCUGUCCGUUAAAUCUAACUCCACCUCCAGUCUGAGCUUCAUCUGGGCUCCAGCUGACGGAGAGUUCCAGAUAUACCAGGUCUCUCUGUUUCAGCGGGACGGCUCUCUGCAGGAAACCCGCCGACUUCGCCCUAAUGUCCAGCACGUCUCCUUCCAGGGACUCACGCCUGGAGCCCCCUACAGGCUGGAGGUGGUGACGCACAGCGGGGGAUACAGCAACCACACCACCCUGUGGGCGAGGACAGUCCCAGCGGCCACGGCGUCUCUCCGAGCUCACAGUGGGAACCAGUCUGAUAUUCUCCUGGUGGACUGGGAUCGUGCUCCUGGUGUUCUGAGUGGUUACCAGCUGAUUCUCUCCAAAGUUGACGGCUCCCAGCUUGCCUUGCAGCAGCUGGGGUCAGAGGUCACUGAGUCUGUCUUCUCACGUCUGGUCCCAGGCCGUCUGUACCGAGUGGAGCUGCUGAGCAUGAGCGGUGACCUGAGGAACCAAGCCAGAACACUGGGCCGAACAGCUCCCACCCCUCCCUCCUCCUUUCUGUUUAGGGGCGUCACCAACACGUCCCUGGAGAUCACCUGGACCAGCCCCGUAGACUCAGACUACGAUGACUUUGACCUUCAGUGGACUCCUCAGGACCAGCUGUCUGUCAUCAACCCGUACCAUAGCCGGACGUCAGGUAACCGCAUCCUCAGGGGGAUGUUUCCAGGACGGCUGUACACCUUCAGCCUCUGUACCGUCAGCGGGGCCAUGGAGCCAGACGGCAAAGCCACCUUCAGCACCGCUAUCCACAAGAGCAUCCGAACCAAGCCAGGGCGAGUCCAUGGCCUUCACUGUCGUCCUCAGAGCUCCACCGCCAUCUCCUGCUCCUGGGGCCCCCCAGAGGCUGACUACGACUCCUACUCCAUUGAGUGUCUCCACCAGGACUCCCAGGUCCUGGUCUACUCCAGACGAACUGGACGGGAAUCCUGCGGAUACGUCAUCUCACACCUGGAGCCGCACAAACGCUACACCAUCUCCGUCAAGGUCAUCUCUGAUGGGACAACCAGCGAGGAGGCCAAGGAGAGCGUGGUCACAAUGAUUGACCGUCCUCCGGUGCCCGCCCUCAGUACCCGGGUCAGUGAUCGGACCGCUGUGGUCACCACGUCCUCCAUUGUCUUCACCUUUAACUGCAGCUGGUUCAGUGACGUCAACGGGGCCAUCAGGUUCUUCACCGUGGUGGUGACUGAGUCUGAAGGCGUGGAUGACGAGCAGCCUCAGAAUCUCCACCCCCUGCCCUCCUACCUGCACUAUAAGUCCAACAGCUCCAUCACGUCCUAUCAGACGGCAUUCUUCCCGAGUCGCUGCACCGAGGGUCCCGACAGCGAGUCCGUGGGAUUCCAGAUGAAUCUGGGGACGGGGAUGGACCUACUGGGAGGGUCAUGUGACCACAGAGACCUGGAGAGCGCUGGCGACAUGUUCUGUGAUGGACCGCUGAAACCUAAGACGGCGUACAGGCUCAGCGUCCGAGCAUUCACUCAGCUGUUUGACAAAGAAAAGCUGGGAUCGAGUGGCAGCGCUCCUUUGUUCACCGACACGUUCCUAUCUCUGCCCGUCGUCACUGAGGCCGAGCCGUUGAACGGGGUGAUCGAGGGUGUCAGUGCUGGAAUCUUCCUCAUCGCCAUGGUGGUCGGGGUCACCGCUCUGCUCGUCUGCAGGCAGAAGGCUCGAAAAGUCGUGGACGAGCGAGCAACAGUGAGGAUGAGUGUGAGGAGAGAGAGGACCACAGCUGGAGCUCACAGCGCUGUCAGAGGGAACCGUCGUAUCUCCAGUCCCAUAAAGGUCCAGAACUUUGAGAGUCACCUGAUCAAGCUUCAGGCCGACUCUCACUACCUGCUGUCUCAGGAGUACGAGGAUCUGAAGGAUGUGGGUCGGAGUCAGUCGUUGGAUUCAGCUCUGCUGCCGGAGAACCGAGGAAAGAACCGAUACAACAACAUCCUACCAUAUGACUCUACCAGAGUACAUCCUGUACCACAGUCAGAGAAGUCUAAAACACCUUUACCCAAUCUGUUUUACCUUCCAUCAUCAUCAUCAUCCUCACUCUGA